ACGAUGCUUAUUUUCUGCUGGAUUGCUAGCUGUAUUAAAAUCUUGUGCCUAGUGCCUAGCAUCACAGCCAAUACAAUGGUUCACGGAGGCUCACUGCUCGACAGCUCGACGUCAUUAAUGAUGGCGCGCGAUUUGUCACGAUUAGGUUAGAGGACAGCAGCGAUAGUUAUCAACAACUGUAAUAACGGCGUGAUAAUGAUAGUGGCAUGUGUUGUUACAAACCGCGUGUAGUCCGGACAGGAAUCCCGGACUGCCGUACGCGAGCGCGAGAACGACCGAGAAAGCAUCGUUGCACUCUGAAGAGUGGAAGCAUUGAUACUUUGUCAUUUUCAUUGAUGAAAAAGGACGGCGAUCCGCCAUCCUCGAGAAAAACGAAAAAUGCCAUUAGUCAUAAGGAAUUGCCCGCAUCUGGCCAAUCGCGGCGAUCUCGCUUUCAUCGAGGCAGUGAUGGCCCGGGAAGAGCGUUUCGCUAAAUGCAGUGACUGCGACACUCCCGGGCCCAACCUCUGGCUCUGCCUAUUCCCCGACUGUCGUUGGGUCGGCUGCGCCGAAACGCAUCUCGAUCACAGCACCAUCCACAACCAGAACUUCCCGACUCACUGUGCCCACAUGAAUCUGUCGACCAACAGGAUCUGGUGCUAUGCUUGUAAGAGCGAAGCAAUCGCCAAGCAUGUUCCAUCACCCCCAUUAUCACCAACACAAGUAGAAUUCAAGACUAUGGGCAACAAGUUUGCCGGAGACGCUCCUGGCAGCAUCGAGUCUAAGCUUGAUGGUUUAGACAGGUUGAUGUUCGAUAAGUUUUAUGGAGAUUGGUCAAUAAAUAGAAUCAAUUCAGAGAAAGUAAGUUCAUUUAAUGAACGAUCUGGGGAUUCUCCCGAUAGUACAGACUCAGAUGAGAGCAAAGACUUCUCUGGAAAGCCCAGAGGUUUAGUGGGCUUGCAGAAUAUUGGCAAUACAUGUUACAUGAAUGCAGCACUACAAGCCUUAUCUAAUGUGUCUCCUUUAACUCAGUUUUUCUUGGAUUGCGGUCAUAUGGUCAGUUACAUGUCGAAAGAUAGGAAACCUGGACUGAGUCUGAACUACUUGAACCUUAUUCGAGAUAUGUGGAACAAGAAAACCAGAGGAUAUGUUGUGCCGCAUGGUAUCCUUUCAGGCAUCAGAACAGUACAUCCAAUGUUUAGAGGAUAUCAUCAACAUGACACACAGGAAUUUCUUAGAUGUUUUAUGGAUCAGCUACAUGAGGAAUUGAAGGAGCAUAUUGAGGAUGAUAGAGACAUCCAGCUGCGCCUGAAAGGAUUGGGAGAUCAGUCCUCAGAGGAUGAGGAUGAGACCGAAAUUGACGGCAAUGCAUCCAGUCAGUCCGAUGCUGAAUAUGAAACCUGUGAUUCAGGCGUGAGCGAACAAAGCUCUCUGAGCGAUGAAGGUGAACGCGGCACAAAGAGACGUUACUCUCGCGUGUCGCAGACGGAAAAGCUACGAAAUAAAUUCACCAGUAGGAACAUGAAAAAAUCGAACAUCGAACCGACGUUGCCGUUUGCUCCACCGCAACGGUCUCCGCAAAACUCUCCGGCCAAGCAUCGCACCAAGAAACAAAUAAAGACGCGCAGUAUCAUCAGUGAUACUUUUGAUGGCAAGCUUUUGAGUAGCGUGCAAUGCUUAACAUGCGAUCGAAUUUCUACUCGAGUGGAGACCUUCCAGGAUUUGUCCUUACCCAUUCCAAGCAGAGAUCACAUCGACAUGUUGCAUCAAGGUUCGUUGACACCACAGAAGGCUGGACCAUGCUCAGAUGUAGUCUACGUGACCAAUCAGUCAGGCUGGCUGUCAUGGUUCUUGCAAUGGAUGCGUUCGUGGUUCUGGGGACCAGUGGUCAGUUUGCAUGACUGCCUCUCAGCAUUUUUUAGUGCCGACGAGCUCAAAGGCGACAACAUGUAUAGCUGUGAAAAAUGCAAUAAGUUGCGCAAUGGCAUCAAGUUCUCCAAAGUCUUGGAAUUGCCCGAGAUAUUGUGCGUUCAUUUGAAAAGAUUUCGCCAUGAACUAAUGUUCAGCUCAAAGAUUGCCAACUAUGUUUCAUUCCCACUCGAGGGUCUUGAUAUGAGACCCUAUUUGCAUAAAGAAUGCGUGUCCAAGAUCACUACUUAUAAUCUGAUAUCGGUCAUUUGCCAUCAUGGUACGGCUGGCGGUGGCCAUUAUACCUGUUAUGCAUUGAAUCCCAUUGCCAACAAGUGGUACGAGUUCGAUGACCAGUGUGUCACGGAGGUAUCACCGGAAACGGUAAAGCAUUGCGAGGCAUACGUACUGUUCUACAAAAAAUGGUCGCCAGAGAUAUUACAAUUGCGCGACAAAACCAUGGAGUUGAUGGAAAUAUCAUCCCGCGAGGUUUCUGAUUUAAAUUUUUUCGUGUCUCGACAGUGGAUCAAUCGCUUCAAUACAUUCUCUGAGCCUGGUCCGAUCGAUAACUCCGAUUUUCUGUGUCCGCAUGGGGGAGUAAUUCCUGUUAGAGCGCAAUUUGUUGACAAGAUUAGUAUGCCCAUACCGCAAGCAGUUUGGGAAUACUUGUAUAAUGCAUUUGGAGGUGGUCCAGCUUGUACGCAUCUGUAUGAGUGUCCGAUAUGUGAAGAAAAAUACGAAUCCUUGCAAAAACGUAGACAAUACGAAAUGGAACUAUUCCAACGGUUAAAUACCGACAAUCCCACAGCCAUUUAUGCGUUGGCUAUGGCAUGGUUGAGACAAUGGCAGAGUUUUGUUCGAGGCAAAGAGACACAGCCACCAGGACCAAUCGAUAAUAAUUCCAUUAUUGUAAAUAAAAAUGGACAAAAUAGUCUUAAAGUUGGCUCGGAUUAUGGCCAGAUCCCCGAAGAAUUGUGGCAAUUUUUUCUGACUACGUAUGGCGGUGGACCAGAGCUAAUGCUCCACUCGUGUCAACGACCGGUGUCCACUCAGCCUAACGUUUCUGUACAUUCCGCGUCAAAUCCAAAUUUGAUAGAUUCGAAUUUUAAAUGCAAUCGCGUAGAAGCUAAGUCUAACAAACUUUGUACGACCAGGAGCUCGGAGACGAUUUCGCAACAGGACAGCGCGAUCGAGAGCCUAAUUUCAAACAGCGACUUCCAUCAGACGCAGAGGGAUGUUUGUGAGUGAGUAGGCUGUGCGAAUUGCGAUUUCGCAGUCUUGUUAAUCACACGACAAAUAUUUCCAUUGAUUUUCUUUAGUUUGGUUUCUAAGUAAUCAGAUUUUAGUCUACUUUUCUCUAAAUUUCACACUUUUGAAGUUUCACGCUAGGCUCGAAGUCCUUACUAAAUGUUUACAGAUGAGACGAUCUCGAUAUCUUGGAAAUAAAACAAUUAUUGUCAUUUUAUGAUUUGAAGAUAAAAAGACAAUCGGAUAUUUUUGUAUCAGUAGCAAUUUUUGUACGAAAUUUAUAAAGCUGAAUUACGUGCAUCACGCGUUGAAUCUAAAAAUAUUCAAGUCACAAAGAAAAACUGUAUGGGUAGAUGAUCGGAUGCAUUUGUCACAACAUGUACUGUAAAUAUCUUGAUGACAGUAAUUUAUAUUUUAUCAUAAUUCAUAGCGGCAUAUUAAUCUUGCUUAGAAAAACUAAAAAUAGAAUUUAUCUCUUAAGUCUGUGGCAUACGAUGCUUUUUUCUUCUGCUGGAUUGUUUGCGUUUUAGCAAGUUAUUAGAAUUGCACAAAGAAUAUAGAAUUUCUAGUAAUUUACUAAAGCAAUCCAGCAAGAAAACAUACAUCGUGGACCACAGACUUUGCUGUGGGAAAGAACAAAAUUUGCUGUAAAAAAGAACCGAGAAUGCUAUACGAUACAUUUUUAUUUUCUUUCCAAAUCAUCGGUUGGAAAAUAGAAUGACACUGAUUGUUUUAAGUCCAUUGUUCUGAAAGGCUGUAAAGGCUCAAUUAUGCUCGUUCAUCGACAUGGAAUUUCACCGUAUAAUUUCAUCCAUUUGGGAGUAUUAUAUAUGACGGAAAACGUAGUUAUAGUUACAAAAAGUACAAAAAAGAUUUGCUAUAGACGACUAUUAUUUAAAUACAAAUCUUUAGUUCGUACUUUUGCCCAAAGUCUAGACCGUAACAUUUGCGCAAUCUUGAUAUAGUUGUAUUAUAUUUUUUAUAUUGAACGUUCACCGGCGUGUGCAUGUCAUUCCUGCACAUAGAUACAAGUGGCUUUCAUUUUCGAAGUUAUGUCCAUAAUGUCGUCACUUCUUCAUUGGCGGGAUAAUCUUCAUCCGGAAAGAAAAAUAAAAGAUACAGAAGACUGAAAUCGAUUUUAUUUAAAAAGAAAAAAAAUGCUCAAUUAUAAUGUAUGUUGAUUUAUAAGUGGCAACUGACGAAAUUGUACAACGUGAUGCAAAAAAUUUUAAUCAUCUUCAUGUUUUUUUCUUUAACAGAUGGAAUUAUUGUUGUUAUUUAGUAAUUUAUUGCUGUACACAUAUUUUUCAUAAGAUUUAUAGAACCGGUAAGGAUUAGCGUACAAUUUGCCGAUUUCUUUCGCCUUUUCCUCAAACAUGAAACAAUUGAGAUUAGUAAUUAUUUAUUUAAUCAACAAAGUAUGCUUCUUAAAGUUUCUGUUUCCUACAACCAUAAUAAAUUGUGAAUGAUUCUAUUUUUUGCAUUACGCGUCAAGAUAAAUUAGUUUUUUGUGUGCCAUCAUGUUAGGUGAACAAAAAUCUCUCUUAUCUUACUUUAUACUUUUGUUUGUUCACAAAUUUUUAAAAAUUUCUCACAUGUUCAAGUAUUUAUCAAGCACAACUCUCGAUUGUAUUAUGUAUAAAAAUGAAGAGGAGAAAGA